UUUCACAUUUAAAGGGUCCCAAACCAAAGAGAAAAAACCAUUUUUGAAUAGCUUAAAAUUUCAAAACUUAGCAAUGGCCCAAGUUCAAGAAGAAGUUCAAUUAUUGGGUGUAGGUGGAAGCCCAUUUGUUCGAAGGAUUCAAAUUGCUCUAAAAUUAAAAGGUGUUCAUUACACUUACAUAGAAGAAAAUUUAAGGAACAAAAGUGAUCUUCUUCUUAAGUUCAACCCUAUUCAUAAAAAGGUGCCUGUUUUUUUUCACAAUGGAAAACCCUUAGCUGAAUCCCUUGUGAUUCUUGAAUACAUUGAUGAAACAUGGGAGAAUUAUCCCAUUUUUCCUCAACAACCCUAUGAGAAAGCUUUGGCUCGAUUUUGGUCUAAGUUCAUUGAUGACAAGUGCCUGCCAGCAAUAUCAAAGGCUGCAUGGACAGUGAACAAAGAAGAACGUGAGAAAGGCAUUGAAGAAUCAUUACAAGCUCUACAAUUCCUUGAGAAUGAACUCAAGCACAAAUUCUUUGGUGGAGUGAAUAUUAAUAUUGUGGACAUUGCUGCUUCCUACUUAGCUUUCUGGCUCCCCUUGGUUGAAGAAGCUAUAGGGUUGAAAUUUCUUAGUAGUGGCAAAUUUCCUAAACUCUAUAAGUGGAGUCAAGAGUUCAUCAAUCAUCCUAUUGUCAAAGCGAAUUUGCCACCUAAAGAAGGAAUCUUGGGAUUUUUCAAAUCAAGAUAUGCGGCACUGACUACUGCUUCGAAAUAAGAUCAAUUUUGGAGACUUGGAUCUUCUACGAUUAUUAUAUGAUGCAACAGUUAUAAAAAUCAUUAGAUUCAGUGAAAGAAUUUUUCUUUGUUAAAUCUAGUGUUCAUCACAACUGUUCUGACAUAUAUAAAUCGUAGAAAAUUCAAACACCAAUUUUGUGAAAAAUAAAUGCUGUAGAGAGUUUAUGACUCCCCUUACCCUAUUUAGAUUCCUGAAUUUCAAAUAAAAAUGAAGUGUGCUCUAUGUGUGCUCCAUUUGUUUAUUAUUGAAGUUCUACAAUAAACAACAUAUAGUGAAUCUCCUGUUUUAUCAUUGUAGGUUUCUCUUAGAUAAAUUAUGGAAAUGUGAAAGAAAAAAAAUUAAAAAAAAUUGUGAAAUAUAUAUUGGUCAUUUUGGAUUA